AUGAAUCCUUCGAUUACAACCGUGCAUCAGCAGAAGAACGAGCAGGUCAGUCCCUAUGCGUUUGAGCCAGAGUACACACCUGAAGAGCUGGCUGAACGUGAACUUGAUGAUGGUCAUGGUGGUAAUGUGGUUGCCGUUGAGCUUGAAGUUGAAGAUGACGUGCCACUUGAUGAUGAAGGCCACGAGGAUGGCACCCAGAUGCCUUUGGAGGAAUGGUGCAUGUGCCGUGGCUGCAUGGUGAUGCCCACCAACUUUGAAUGCGACUGUUGCCAGGAUAUCAACGCCAUCACCACAAAAUUGGAAGAGGCUACUGGUGGUGACAUUGAUCAUGUUGAUCUGGAGUGCAUCACUCAGCACCCAGAUUUUCAGGCAGUCUGCUUGAACAGGGCCGUCCUGGACACCAUUGUGGCCCGGCUCCAUUAUGCCUUCAUAGAAAGACUGGAGGAUAAUAACCCAACAAACAAGUAG